AUGAGCGCAACAGAGCCGGGCGACCAAACUGGCAAUGGGGCGUAUCGAGGAAGCCAGCAACGAGGCCCUCGAAGAAAACUCAUUCUCUGCUUCGAUGGCACCGGCAAUAAGUUUCGAGGCGAUGACAGCGACAGUAACAUCCUCAAGAUUUUUCGCAUGCUCGAUAGCUCAGCCGACGAUCAAUCCGGAAUUGGAACAUAUGUCGUGUCGGAGAACCUGACUCACAACGGCAUUAGAGCAAAAUGCAAGUCCUGGUAUCAGAUGGCCAAAGACUCCGUCGUCGGCUCCUCGUUCGAUCAGCACGUCGUCGGGGGGUAUCGGUUUCUGAUGCGGUAUUACUCGCCGGGAGACGAUAUCUACAUGUUUGGCUUUUCCAGAGGGGCCUAUGUUGCCAGAUUCCUCGCCGAGAUGCUGGACUUUGUCGGUCUCCUCUUGCAUGGCAACGAGGAGAUGGUUGCCUUUGCGUGGAACGCGUUUUCUCAGUGGCAAUGCCGCCGGACCAACUCGACGGCGAAGGGCAAGGAGGAAACGGAACAAAUGUAUCAGUUUCUCAGAGGUUUCAGAGAAACCUUUUCCCGGCCGAUCCGACGCAUCCGAUUUUUGGGAAUCUUUGACUCGGUCAACAGUGUAGCCCGUUUCGAGACGGCAUGGAUGCAGCGUAGCAAGUUCCCGUACACUGCACGCAGCUCUGCCAAAGUCGUUCGACAUGCAGUCAGCAUCGACGAACGUCGGGCAAAGUUUCGGCAGGAUCUGAUAUACCAAGAGCCCAAGAAGUGUCACAGGAAGAACACGGCCAAACGGAUGAUGGAGCAUCAGCCGUUCAACGAAAAGUUACAAGAAUUUCAAGAAAAGUACCGCCCUGGCCGGCGUUCGACGCUCGCUCCCGACGAUGCCGUCGCCGCGGAAGAUCGCGGGAGGAGACGCCAUCAUCAAAGCCAGGAAGACAACGCAGACCAUCCUGCCCCCUUUCGCAGCCGUUCCAGGUCCAGAUCCAGAGCAACCGAUGGCUCACGUUGUGCGCACACGGACCACGAUGGCUCCUCUAUCCAUUCUAAGCCACCAAUGGAAGACCUGACGUACGACUCGGAUGACGACGAAGCCGACCAAAACGUCGAAGAAGUGUGGUUCGCUGGCGGUCAUGGCGACAUCGGUGGCGGCUGGGACGCCGUCGCAGGUCGCAAGAAUGCCAGCCAUAUUCCCCUCGUUUGGAUGGUCCGAGAAGCCAUGCGAGCAGGGCUGUCUUUCGACGUCCAGCAACUUGAGUACUUGGGUUGUGUCGAAACGGUGACAGGACCUAAUCCGCAACCUACACCGCCAUCUCUCAUGCCUCAAGAUGUGCCCGGAGUCCCAGAAAUUCACGUUGACGCCCCUUCUCCGCCGGUCGGUUUCCCAUCAGAGUCCCCGGAUGGCUCGACGACAGAGAAAACAGACGAAAAUCCGGACCCGUUGGCACACACCUGCACGGCGACGCCUUUCGCCGAGAUGAUGCGGACCGCACACGAGGCAGAGAUCCACGAUUCGCUUGAUUUCGCAUGCGGCAUGCAUCCUGUCAGCGUCUUCAUGUGGAGGGCGAUGGAAUACCUUCCCUUUCGCAGACUCGAUCUGAGACCCGACGGCAGUUGGAAACCCAUUAGGUGGCCGUUGCCUCGCGGGGAAGUUCGCGACAUCCCUGACAAGGUCAGAGUCCAUGGCAGCGUUAUCAGAAGAAUGAAGAGAGACGAGAAGUACAGGCCGGGUAACCUCAUCGUUGGCGGCGGCGGUAGAGGAUGUAGGGUGGCGCCGAAGGAGUACGGAAUGGGAGAAUGGGUAUGUGUCAAGGGUGAAGGGGACUUAAUCGACGAGGUUUGGGUGCGCAAGCCCCGGGAUGAAGGGAAUGAAGAGUCUCACUCUUGA